AUGUUGGGUUACGGAUGUAUCCUUGAUUCUCUGAGUAGAGUAACGGGUCGCCAACCUUUCAUGUCUUUCCGCCGUGGAGUUCGAGUGAAGUAACAGACAGUAAACAUGUCUGUAAACCAGUGGAGGCUGCUGAGGGGAGGACGGCUCGUAAUAAUGUCUGGAACGGAGCAAAUGGAAUGGCAUCAAACAUAUGUGUUUGAUGGAUUUAAUACCAUUCCUUUAUCCCACUCCAGCCAUUACCACGAGCCGUCCUCCCCAAUUAAGGUGCCACCAACUUCCUGUGCUGUAAACAUUUUUGAUAUUAAGCAUCUCAAUCACAUUGCGUGAAGAGAAGGAGUUUCUAUUCCUCGUUUGGCGACCGGUUACUCUACUCAGAGAACUAAGGUUACAUCCGUAACCCCAACGUUAUGUGGAGUGGACUUCUUGCACAGCGUUGGUUUGACACGUUGCACAGCCCCAUUUAGUUCCUUAUACUUUUGGACUUGUAGUUUUUGAGACACCGGCUCGCCGUUGAGUGAAGUAACAACGACUACCGUUCAUCACUACAAUUCCCAGCCUGCACCACAGUGGUUGGAGUUUGCGCAGUGUGUUCCUGUGUGAGCGAGCGGCGUGGAGUGAACGGUCUGGUAUGUCUGCAUGAAUCAAUGAAACAAACAAUAUUUUUUUUUAGAAUUCAGAGUUUGUUAGUUCAUCAAAUCGCAGUACUGUAAUGCAUGGGUGUUACGAAUAUUGCAGUUGUGUAUUUGUUGAGUUAGAAACGUAGCUAGAUACGCUAUCACUUUCCUAGUUGAAUGACACGGCCAUCUAACUGUCAGUUAGCCGGCUAACUUUAGCUAGCUGUCACCAAUAACAUAAACCUGCCUACGGUAGAGAAUAUUUUGUUCAACCCUUGGUGAACUAACUAGCUCAGCGAUAACUCCUUUAAAACAGCCAGCUAUAGCUUUUCUCACUAGUAAACUAUGUCGGUUUGUUAGCUAGCCCUCUGUAGAAGCAUAGCUAGCCAGCUAGCCCUGUGGAUUGUUGGUGGCAUAUGAUGCUAGCUUUCAUCAGCUAACUACUCAGACGCGCCAUAUGCUUUCUGGAUAUAUCUGAUAUCGGGGCUAUCAACUUGUUAUGCAUAGUAGCUGUCUGCAUGUUCGUCCGGAGCAUGGAAGUCCCCCUCUCUCCUCUGCCGCAGUCAGGGCUGCGUCCCGACGGCCUAUAUAAAAGUAGCGCACUACAUAGGGGAAUAGGGUGGCAUUUGGGACGAAAUCUAUCUCCAUAGGUUUGUCUGGCAGGGUUUGUAGAGAGAGACACGUCAUAUAGAUUGCAAUGGACUGUAGGAGAGAGUCCGUCUGCUGAAGUUAUGCAACAAGUAGUAACAGCGCCUAUGGAACUCAUUAUGUCCAAAAUGGCACCCUAUUCCCUAUAAUAUAGUGCACUAACCCUAUGGGCCCUGCAGGGCUCUACGCUGACCCUUUUUUACAAGGGGUAAAGUGUGCGCUUAAGUUUAAAAAAAGUAGGCGCACACGAAGAACAUUUAGGAGCACAACAAAAAAAUAUUUGAGAUAUUAAAGCUAGAAUCGUUAAUUUUUUCAAGGAGCACUGGUGUUCCUAAAUGAAAAUUACAAGCAAAAUAUUUAGCCGCAUACAGUAAAAUGGUCGCACUGUAGAGCCCUGCCCAGGUCAAAAGUAGUGCUCAUUCACUGUUCCUCUCGCUGUACUGAACUCUGCAGAACAAGAUAGUCUACUAGCCUGGUCUCAGAUAUGUUUGUGCUGUUGCUGUCAUUGUCAUACCAAACGUGACAAGGAGUUAGCAUGAUAGCACAACACAGGCACUCAGGGCUUAUAGUUGGAUAAGUUUUGUAUGAAAAAUAAUUCAUUAUAUUUUAGACUGUAGCGAAUUCAGGAACUCAAACCCAAAUCCAGUGACUGUCAGCCCAACGCCCUAGCUGCUACGCCAAGAUAUCCUCUUUAUGGGGUCGCUAGGUGUUGGGCAAAGGUCGCUACAUUAUGAACCGCUGGUCUUCGGUAAAACGGAAACAAAGUCACUGAUCAUGUAUGUGUUAUCAUCACGUUCUCUUUAAUGUCCUGUGUUGUGAUGUGGCAGGUCGUCACCAUGGAUCCGGCCUGGCGUCAGCAGGGUCGGGGUCGUGGCCGGGGUCAGCCGCAGGGUCAAGGGUCGCGACCUCAGAGAGAGAGGGCAGCAGAAUCCCCUAACACUCCUAGUGGGAGGGGGAGAGGAGGAGAUGGGAAGGACCCACAGCUACAGCCUGUUAACAGAGGGAAGAACAUGGCAGCCCCUCCACAAAACAGUGAGCGAGAGAGAGUGUCUGUCUGUCAGUGUGCUUGCUGACUGACUGAUUGACUGACUGACUGAUUGAUUAUCUAUUGAUUGAUUAUCUGUAUUGAUUGAUCAACUGACUGACUGAUUACGUGAUUGAUUGAUUACUUGUAUUGAUUUAUUGACAGCUGCGUCGAGCCAAUCCAAGUUUGAGGAGAUCAGGAAGUCCAACCAGGCUGCUGCUCAGCGAUUGGCUCAGAGCCAGUACAGCUCCUCCUCAGACGACGAUGAUGAUGAUGAUGAUGGUGGGAAGGUCCAGGGGAAGGACGGUAAACGAGGGAAGAUUCUGGCCUCGACGCUCACCACCUACACUGACCAGACUGGUGAGAUGACACGCAUCUGUUAA